AUUAGGAGAGAGAAUCAACAUAAAUUGUUUAAAAUAAAGAAAAAAGAGAAAAACUUAAUUUUUUAAUUUGAAAAAGGAAGAAAGAAAGAGACGGGAUGUGGAGGACAAGUAGAACUCUAAAGAAGAGAGAAUUUCAGUCCGGACUAUAGGCUAUAACUGCUCAACAACAACUCGUUGCUUCUUCUUUCUAUUCUUCUUCUUCUCGUUCUUGGGAAUCCUGUGACUUUUGAUUUGCGAUCAAUAAGAAUUCCAGAAGUCAAUUGUUUGGUUGGAUUUCGUCUCCCACAGGCAGCCGCAGAUGUACUACUCCAAGGUUAGCCAUCUUCGUGUUCUACUACUACUACUAAUCGCGCUUGCUGCUGCGGCUGCAUAUCAUCUAGCAGCCGGCGAAAUCCGGCACAGCGAGAUCAGUAUGGACAACAGCUUCUUCACCCCCUUGGACGAUUUCAUGUUCACCCAGACCGGGCGGCUGGAGCUCAACAUCACCGGCCUCUCCUUCUUGCCGCCGGCCAACCUCUCGAAAGUGGGGUUUGUCAUCCAGCGGCACGGCGGUUUCUUAAUUUCAGUCGACGACUUCAACUCCACUGUUUGCCCUCUAGAAGCGGAUAACCUGCAGAAGGUCCUCACAUUCGACCAGCUCCCCAAUCUCAACACCUCGCAGUUGAAUUUCGUCUACUCGGACACCAAACCUGGUUUCUGCACUCUCCUCUUCGUUAAUUGCCCUCAGCAGAUGAACGUAUCCAUGCGCGUUCGCUCUUCCAUGUACAAUUUGGAGGAGGACGACAAGCGCAAUUAUCUCACUUGCACCACAUUACCUUUGGUUUACUACCUCUUUUCCUUGGUUUAUCUGGUUCUGGUUGCGGUUUGGGUUCGCGUGCUGUCCGUGCACAGGGCCUAUGCUUCUGGGGUUCAUUACUUUAUGCUGGCCGUGGUGCUAUUGAGUGCCUUGAACAUGUUUUGCCAGGGCCAGGAUGAGUGGCGUAUCAUGCGAACCGGAUCUGGUGAUGCUUGGGAGCUUUGGUUUUACACCUUCAGUCUCCUGAAGGGCCUCUCUUUUUACACUUUGGUGCUCUUGAUUGCCAGUGGAUGGAAGUUCUUGAAGCCGUAUCUGCUCAAGAGGGAGAAGAUUGUUUUGAUUGCUGUGAUGGGCCUUCAGUGUGCUGGGAAUGCGGCCUUGGUUUUAGCUCAUAAGAGAGUGGGCAGCUACGACUUCGACAUCCUCUGGGAAGCACUCGUUGGCACCUUUAAUCUGAUCUCAGCACUUGCAGCUCUCCUCUCCAUCAAAUGGUCUAUCAAUUUCUUGCUCGCACCCCACCCCCACAGAAGAGAUUCCUUUGUUUUGAAGAAUUUGAAGUUUUUCAGGGACUACAUGAGCUUCUCAGCCGACUUCCUUCUCACAGGCCGCUCUGGGGCCGUACUCCUUGAAAUCCUCCUUCCUCGUGACAAACUAUGGAUUGCCGUCGCCGGAGUUGAGGGACUCAGUGUGGGAUUCUAUGUGUACACUGCGCGUAGUUUCAUCCCUUAGCCACAGGAGCCCCACUGCGUCGACGAAGAAGUGGAAGCCGCAGCCAGAGACGAAUUAUUGGCUCUCUGUCUUUC